UGUUGCUCGUUUUGGCGCCAUAACUCCAUAACCUUACCUGUUUUGACAGUUAUGUUUUUUACUUUUCAAACUUUGCUUUUUAUUUACUAUAUUAUACCGAUACUUUGAUGGUAAGAUCGCAAGAUGGUCUGUGAAAAUUCAACAUUUAAUUACGAGCAUUGUAUUGUCACAAGACACGAUGAAACGGAUUCAGAGGAUUCCGAGGCUUGUGCAUCAUUGGAACAAGGUUCUGAGCCUGCUUCUGAACAAUCAGAAGUUGAUUAUUAUGCACUCCUUACUCCCGAGAUGAUAGAAGCUGCUAAUUUAACACCAACUCAAACUUUUUGCUUAAUGUCUGGGACCAUAAACGAGCUUAAGCAAAAUGUGACUGAUUUAAAUACAGAUGACGCUGCGAAAAAAAAUUUACAGAAGGGUUUAGAUAUUUUAAUGAUGGCUUUAAAUAAACACAGUCAAAUAUUUGGAAUUGACAACGUACAAGAACCACAAGAAAAUGUGCAAUGCUCAAAUCAACUUAAUGAAGAACCAAUAAAUAACGAACCAGUGACACAAGUCCAUAAGCCAAAUGGAGUGGCCACAAAAACUAACAAAAAAAACCAAACGUUCUGUGGAAGUGAAAAUAAUAAAAUAAUUGCGAAAACUAAAACUCAGUUAAACAACACUUUAAUUGGGGUACCAGGAGAGGUGCGCAAGUCGCAAAGAAUCAAAGACAAUGAAGGGAAAGAGCCCUUGCAUCUGAAUCAAGUGGCCUACAUUGAAAAAAAAAUAAGAGACGCUCUCGGGGAUUCCCAGCCAAUAAACAUUAAGAAGAAUGAAUUAGGCACAAAAUGUAACGAAAAAAGACAAACGUUGGGUGAAAAUGGCAGUACAGCCGAUCCUCAACAACUUAGUGAAGAACCAAACGAAGGGACAGUCCCUAAGCAAAAUGAAUCACACACAAAAAAUAACAAAAAAAGACAGACGUUCUCUGGGAAUGAAAAUAAUCGAACGAUUGCGAAAACAAAUGCUCAAAUAAGCAAAACUUUAAUUGGAGUACCGGGAGAGCGCCGCAGAUCUCAACGAAUCAAAGACAACGAAGGGAAAGAACCUCUGCAUGUGUUGGAUGGAAUAGCCUACAUCCAAAAAAAAAUUAGAGAAGUUCUCGGGGAUUCCCAUCUGGAGCCUGAAAAACCCAAACGUCCAGUUAAAAGAAAGACGCAGAGCUUGGCUGGAACACGAGCCAAAAAAGCAAAAAUUAGCGAAUCUUGUGCAAAUAAGACUUUUGGAGGACCUGGCAAUGCCAAGACCGCGAAGAGACAGACAAAAAGGUUGAACGUUUUGGAGAGAACCUGGCCAGGUGAUUAUUUUUUUAGUGAGUUCAAGUACAAGCAUAAAUUCAUCAAACACAAGCAGGACGAGAAAAUUAUACUCCCCGAGUUCAUGGCUGCAGUCUUUAAGUAGUAAUUUUUUAUAAAACAGGUUUUUACAAUUCUUUAUAAGGUUGCCUUUCUUGUUAUAUACUUUUAUCUUACAUAGCUAUUGUAAUAGUAUUGAGUUAAAUAAAAUAUUUUUUUACAAGAA